UUUCCCCUCCCUGCCUCAGAUAGCGGGGGCAUUCCAGAUCUGUGCCGAUCACGCUUGAGCAUCUCGCAGACUCAUGAGUUUGAAUCAACAUAGAGCCCAUUGGCCCUUAUCUUCAUCCUCACACACUGUCAAAGAUCACCGCCUUCUCUCUUCCUUUACCGACUCCCGAUCCGACUCUCUCCCUUGCUGUUAAGGUUUCGGCUGGUCGCGCCGCGGUUGGAGCUCCGAAAUCUCCACCACCACUAGCAAGAUUACAUGCAUCUAGCGGGCUUGAGCCGGUUCCAACCUGCUCUAGACGAUGACAUACUCGUCCGAUCCACGGCGGCCAGCUGAUUGCCAGCUCACGAUUCGCCUCCCCAAACAUCUGAGCCGCGGCCUCUCAGGCAAAUAAAGCACCUGGGCAAGAAAAUGGAAGAACCAACAGCAGAAAAGGAGGCCUGUCGGACGGCCAGCGACAGACCGAGUCUAGACACCGACUACUACGACCUCGGCGACCUCCAUCGCCCUGUUUCCACCUCCAACCCAAUCGCCCAGACCUGGUUCAACCGAGGGCUCGUCUGGUGCUACGGCUUCAACCAUGAGGAGGCGGCGAAAUGCUUCGAGCGGGCCAUUGCUCACGAUCCCGCCUGUGCCAUGGCCUACUGGGGCCUCGCCUAUGCCCUAGGGCCCAACUACAACAAGCCCUGGGAUCUGUUUGGCCGCAGGGAGAUUCAGAACACGGCGGACCGGACGCAUCGAGCGAUUGAAAAGGCAAAGGCGUGUUCCGAAUCUGCCACUCCCGUCGAGAGGGCGCUCAUCGAGGCUCUUCGGUAUAGAUACCCAAGGUCGGCGGCCCCAAACAAGACAGACCGCCCCAUAUGGAAUCGCGAAUACGCCGAUGCCAUGAGCUCCGUCUCAGCCCAGUUCCCAGAUGACCUGGACGUUGCUACUCUAUACGCCGAUUCCAUGAUGAAUCUCACUCCCUGGGCUCUAUGGGACAUCAAGACAGGCAAACCAGCCUCAGACGCCCGCACGCUCGAGGUAAAACAGAUCCUCGAGCACGGCAUGUCUCUCGAGGGCGGUAACCGACACCCAGGUCUACUGCAUCUAUACAUCCACCUCAUGGAAAUGUCAAACACCCCAGAAGCCGCCAUGCCAGCAGCCGACCACCUUCGCGGCCUGGUCCCCGACGCAGGCCACCUGAACCACAUGCCGAGCCACCUCGACAUCCUCGUGGGAGACUACGCCAGAGCCGUCGUCGCAAACUCCGACGCCGUCCGCGCCGACGAAAAGUUCCUUAAGCGCGAAGGUCCCAUGAACUUUUACACCCUGUACCGAAGUCAUGACUACCACUUCCGCCUGUAUUCGGCCAUGUUCGCCGCUCAGUCCAAGAUUGCCCUCGAGACUGUUGAGCAUCUUGAGGCGAGCUUCUCGGAGGAGCUGCUUCGUGUUGAGACGCCUCCUAUGGCGGACUGGCUGGAAGCUUUCCUUGCCAUGCGCGUGCAUGUGCUCAUCCGCUUCGGCAGAUGGAAAGACAUUCUUGCGCUGAAACUGCCCGAGGACCAAGACCUCUACUGCGUCACCACGGCGCUCACCUUCUACGCAAGGGGCAUGGCAUUAGCAGCGUUGGGACAGGUUGAUGAGGCUCGUGAGCAGCGCCAGCUCUUCAGCGAGUCCGUUCCCCGCGUCAAGCCCACACGUACUCUCUUCAACAACAAAUGCAUCGACAUCCUCUGCGUUGCCGAAGCCAUGCUCGACGGCGAAAUCGAGUACCGCUCCGGCAACUACCCCGCCGCAUUUGCCCACCUCCGCGAAUCAAUCUCCCGAUACGACGGCCUCCCCUUUGACGAGCCUUGGGGAUGGAUGCAGCCCGCACGACAUGCUUACGGCGCACUUUUACUUGAGCAAGGUCAUGUCAGUGAAGCCUUGAGUAUAUAUAGUGCAGAUUUGGGCAUCGACGACUCCUUGCCGCGGGUUCAUCGCCAUCCGAAUAAUGUUUGGGCACUGCACGGCUAUCACGAAUGUUUGAUGAAGUUGGGCAGGACGGAGGAAGCAAAGGCUGUGGAAGGCCCGUUGAAGAAGGCCAUGGCUCUGGCGGACGUGCCCAUUACUUCGUCGUGCUUUUGUAGAUUGACGGCCAAGAUAUGAGGAUAUGAGAAUGAAGCCAAUUGUAAUAUACUGAUCAGCUUAGCCAGUUAUGAAUAUACAUAUUUUUCUACAGCGUACGGCAUGGCAACUUGUCUAAGUAACAUCAAUCACGACCAAUGGCUGGAUAUACAUAUCAACAUCACCGAGAUCUACGCGGACAUCUACAAUCAUUGAAACCUGCGGCCGAAACCACAGGCCUCAAUGCUACGUCAAACAUGGCAACAUCAUGGGACGGGGGCAUGCGCAUCUGCUGCUCGACAGCAGAGCGAGAUCAUUGUCUAGAUAGAGUGUUGCACCAUCAUCAGCAACCAGUAUCUCGACAAUCCGAGAGGGUCCAUAUCAUAGCCAACGAAAGAAAAAAAAAAAAGAACAAAAAAAGAAAAGUAAACAAAA